ACAUGUAACUCUAUGGAUUGCAUUUUUUAAUUAUUUUUAUUUUUCAUGACUUUUCUGUUUACUGGCUAUGAAUUUGUUUACUCCAACUGUUAUGUAGUCACACCUCAAACAUGCAGGAACAUGCAAUGAAUAAUAGAUCAGCAUUGCCUAAUAAAUAUCAUCAUACAAUAACUUCCUCUCCCUGGAACUCUUUAAAUAUCAGCUGCAUAGUCAUUCUACUGUCAGUCUUCUGUUUGUUUUGUGCAAAAUAAUUUUUCUGAUACAGUGAACAUGUCUUCCCAAAAGACACCUUAUCAAGGACCCGAUAGAGUGUUUGGUGAUUUUCGUUGCUCAAAGUGCAAUCGUACAUGGAGCAGUGGUAAUUCAUGGGCAAACAUGGGACAAAAGUGUUUGAAAUGUGACAUCAUGAUUUACCCCUACCAACAGCGUCCUCUUCUUAAAAAAGAAGAUUAUGACGAAGAUGAAGAAGACUACUUGUAUGAUUCUGGUGCUCCCCACCUCUCCCAUCUUUGUGAGAAAUGCAAGAAGCUUGGAUACAACUGUCGGGGAUCCAGAGCUUUUUAUUAACUUAACAUUAUAUGUGACAAAACUUUGUUUGUUGUAUUUGAGUAGCAAGAGCAAUAUAUAGCAGUAUAUAAUUUGUCUAUCCCUAUUGUGUAUUGUGGAUUGUGUAAUUCAUGAUUUUGCAAUGUCAUUGUGAUGUUAUGAGAUUUAUCAAGUAUAAGUAUACAAUGUAUA